AUGGACGCCAAUGCCAAUACGGUCGAGAUGGAAGCAGGGAUUCGCAGACCCCUAGUUGUAGGAGGUACAGAGAGACUUACCCCACGAGAACUACUGCGGUCUUUUGAACCAGCGUUUACAUUAACUCAAGUUGAAAACGGCCUGUAUCUUUGCCAAGAGAAGUUCUUUGAGUCAAACGUUCGUGCAAAUAUCUGGGUCUUACAAGGCUCGGCGCUAGAUAUAAUUAUAGAUCCUGGAAUAGGACUGUGGGAUUUACCCGGAUUUCUAUCAGCUUCUGGUGUGAUAGGUGAGAAGCCAUUCCAAGCCGUAGCCACACAUGCGCAUUUCGACCAUUGUGGUGGACUCUUUCAGUUCGACCGCUUUUCGUUGCACCAACUCGACGCAGAUACCGUCACAAACGGUGACAACUACGCGGCCGGGGUUAACUUUAUCUUAGGAACCCGCAUCAGUAAUGUGCCCAUUCCAAACUUCAACCCGCGAAAUUACGAACUUACUCCCACCCAGCCCAGCUGCAUUCUCACAGACGGGAAUAUCAUUGAUUUGGGUGACAAGAAGCUUGAGGUUCUACACAUCCCUGGCCACACACCAGGCAGCAUAGCGCUGUUUGAGCAGACGUCCGGUUUGUUGUUCACAGGAGACAUGCUCGUCAAAUACAAGUCCCGCUAUUUGGAUCUCUUACCUUUUAGUGACGUCACAAGUUAUGCGCAGUCGUGCCACAAAUUGCUCGCUAUUUCGCAGGACGUCACGCGCGUGUGCCCAGGCCACUUUGAGAUGUAUGACGGGCGCGGGCUCGAAAGUCGAGGGUUGGAGUACUUGGAGACGAAUACCAAGUGGUAUAGAUUCAAGGCGGGAUGCAUACGUGGAAUAUUCUCGAUGAUUUUACGCGGGAGAAAUACGCGACAUUGUCCAACAAAGUCCUGUUAUUACGGUUGCUGUUGCUUCUUGUGCUUCAAGUGA